CGCAACCAAAAAGAAAAGCGUCGCGUCGCCUUGGAAUUUGAUUCAACUGAUAAUAAUGGUGGCCGAUUACAAUCCGUUAUCUAGAAGGAAUCUAGAAUAUGAAUUUAUGAUACUGUAGAUAGAGAAUGAAGUCAUUUGAAUUCACAAAACCAUCGGAUAUUUUGUUUUAAUGCUUUCACCAAUUAAGUAGGAUGUCAUCAGGAGCCAUUAUGAUCUGGCUAGUUGUACUGCUAUCCCAAACUGCCAUUCUGCUGGCCCAGGAUGCUCAGGUUUUCUUUCUGCAGACAACGGUCUCAGUGGAAGAGACUAACGACUCAUCCUUCACCCUAAAUGUGCGGAAGACUGGAAAUAUUGAUACAAGUAUCACAAUACUUAUUGCUCCAAUAGAAAAUAUACAAAGUGAUUUUGGGGUUCCAUACACUCAAACUAGAGAGAUUAGUGCAGGCAACGAAGUAGAAACAUUUGGAACAACAUGGAACAUUAGAAAUGAUGAUAUUCCUGAAGGCGAUGAAGUGUUUAUCUUCGAACUGAGUGAUUUGUCUGGCAGUGAGCAAGUGGUUAUAAGUCAAGCCAUUGUCAGAGUUACAAUACUAGCUAAUGAUGAUGCAUAG